GAGCCUGAAGCGCGGGGGAGAAUUGGGGAAACAGGAAUUUCCCGCGGAACUGACGGCGCUUGCUCUACCCCUACUCGUUUUAAUUCCGGGCACUCCAAAAUAUCCGCCAUGGAGAAAUCUUGGCCAGGAUGUCCGUUCUAGGCCCACUGGUGCUGUCCUGCUGAAAGUUGGGUGAGGCAUCUUAAAGGGAGGGUGUGACUCAGUCUGAUCUGCAGCCUCCAUCAUCAUGAACUUCGAGGGUCUGGACCCUGGACUGGCAGAAUAUGCCCCGGCCAUGCAUUCUGCCCUGGACCCCGUCCUGGAUGCCCACCUGAACCCAAGUCUGCUGCAGAAUGUGGACAUGGACCCGGAGGGAGUGGCCUUGGAGGCUCUUCCUGUUCAGGAAUCAGUACACAUAAUGGAAGGUGUCUACUCUGAAUUGCACAGUGUGGUGGCAGAAGUGGGCGUGCCUGUCUCCGUCUCCCACUUUGACUUGCACGAGGAGAUGCUGUGGGUGGGAAGCCAUGGGGGUCACGCCACUUCAUUUUUUGGCCCAACCUUGGAGCGCUACUCAUCCUUUCAGGUCAAUGGCAGCGAUGACAUCCGGCAGAUCCAGAGCCUGGAAAAUGGGAUCCUUUUCCUCACCAAGAACAACCUCAAGUACAUGGCCCGCGGUGGCCUCAUUAUAUUUGAUUACCUGCUGGAGGAGAGUGAAGACAUGCACAGUCUCCUGCUGACUGACAGCAGCACGCUGCUUGUUGGCGGGCUGCAGAGCCACAUAGUGGAGAUUGACCUGAACACUGUCCAGGAGACCCAGAAGUAUGCAGUGGAGACACCUGGAGUCACCAUCAUGAGACAGACGAAUCGCUUCUUCUUUUGUGGCCACACUUCUGGCAAGGUUUCCCUGAGAGACCUUCGUACUUUUAAAGCCGAGCACGAGUUCGACGCCUUCUCAGGGAGUCUGUCAGAUUUCGACGUGCACGGCAACCUGUUGGCCGCCUGCGGCUUCUCCAGCCGCCUCACUGGCCUGGCCUGUGACCGUUUCCUCAAGGUGUAUGAUUUGCGCAUGAUGCGUGCCAUCACUCCUCUUCAAGUGCACGUGGACCCUGCCUUCUUGCGUUUCAUUCCUACUUACACGUCUCGUCUCGCCAUCAUCUCCCAGUCAGGACAGUGCCAGUUUUGUGAGCCCACAGGCCUGGCCAACCCAGCAGACAUCUUUCAUGUGAAUCCUGUGGGGCCGCUGCUCAUGACGUUUGAUGUGUCAGCCAGCAAGCAAGCCCUGGCCUUUGGGGACUCCGAGGGCUGUGUGCACCUCUGGACUGAUUCCCCAGAGCCCUCCUUCAACCCUUACUCCCGGGAGACCGAGUUUGCUUUGCCCUGUCUGGUGGACUCGCUGCCUCCUCUGGACUGGAGUCAGGACCUGCUGCCUCUGUCCCUUAUCCCUGUCCCGCUCACCACGGAAACGCUCCUCUCUGACUGGCCUGCUGCCAACUCUGCUCCAGCUCCUAGACGAGCGCCUCCCGUGGAUGCAGAGAUUCUGCGAACCAUGAAGAAAGUGGGCUUCAUUGGCUAUGCACCCAACCCCCGUACCAGGCUGCGCAAUCAGAUCCCGUACCGACUCAAGGAGUCAGACAGCGAAUUUGACAGUGUCAGCCAGGUCACAGAGUCACCGAUUGGACGGGAAGAGGAACCGCAUCUCCACAUGGUUUCUAAGAAGUACCGCAAGGUUACUAUCAAGUACUCCAAGCUAGGGCUGGAGGAUUUUGACUUCAAACACUACAAUAAGACCUUAUUUGCUGGCUUAGAGCCCCACAUUCCCAAUGCCUACUGUAACUGCAUGAUCCAGGUGCUCUAUUUCCUGGAGCCCGUGCGCUGUCUAAUCCAGAACCACCUCUGCCAGAAGGAGUUCUGCCUGGCGUGUGAGCUGGGCUUUCUUUUCCACAUGUUGGACCUCUCUCGAGGUGACCCAUGUCAGGGCAGUAAUUUCCUUCGGGCCUUCCGCACCAUUCCUGAGGCCUCGGCCCUGGGUCUGAUCCUGGCCGACUCCGAUGAGGCUUCAGGCAAGGGCAACCUGGCCAGACUCAUUCAGAGGUGGAACCGCUUCAUCCUCACUCAGCUGCAUCAGGACAUGCAGGAGCUGGAAGUGCCUCAGGCUUAUCGGGGUGCCGGAGGCAGCAGCUUCUGCUCCUCCGGGGACUCCGUCAUCGGACAACUGUUCAGUUGUGAGAUGGAGAACUGCAGCUUGUGCCGCUGUGGCAGUGAGACCGUGCGCGCCUCAUCCACCCUGCUCUUCACCCUCUCCUACCCUGACGAUAAAGCCGGGAAGAACUGUGACUUCGCUCAGGUGCUGAAACGAAGCAUCUGCUUGGAGCAGAAUACCCAGGCGUGGUGUGACAACUGUGAAAAGUACCAGCCCACGAUUCAGACCCGCAACAUUCGCCACCUGCCAGAUAUUCUCGUCAUCAAUUGUGAGGUGAACAGCCUGAAAGAAGCUGAUUUCUGGAGGAUGCAGGCUGAUGUUGCCUUCAAGAUGGCCAUAAAGAAGCACAGUGGGGAAAUGUCCAAGAAUAAGGAGUUUGCUCUAGCUGAUUGGAAGGAACUUGGGGGUCCGGAGGGCCUGCUGGUGUGCCCUUCCCUCGAGGAGCUCAAGAGCGUGUGGCUUCCGUUCUCCAUUCGGAUGAAGAUGACCAAGAACAAAGGGCUGGACGUUUGCAACUGGACUGAUGAGGAUGAGAUUCAGUGGGGCCCGGCCAGGGCGGAGGAGGAGCCUGGUGUCUUUGUGUAUGACCUGAUGGCUACUGUGGUACACAUCCUGGACUCGCGCACAGGGGGCAGCCUGGUGGCUCACAUCCGAGUCGGAGAGACCUACCACCAGCGCAAGGAGGGGGUAACCCACCAGCAGUGGUACCUUUUCAAUGACUUUCUUAUCGAGCCUAUUGAUAAGCAUGAGGCUGUGCAGUUUGACAUGAGCUGGAAAGUGCCUGCUAUCUUGUAUUAUGUCAAGAGAAACCUUAAUUCCAAAUACAACCUGAACAUCAAGAACCCUAUUGAGGCAAGUGUCCUGUUGGCCGAAGCCUCUCUAGCACGGAAGCAGAGGAAAACACAUACUACCUUCAUUCCACUGAUGCUGAAUGAAAUGCCACAAGUUGGGGACCUGGUGGGCCUAGAUGCUGAGUUUGUCACCCUGAAUGAGGAGGAAGCCGAGUUGCGCAGUGAUGGCACCAAGUCCACCAUCAAACCUAGCCAGAUGUCAGUAGCGAGGAUCACCUGUGUUCGGGGCCAGGGGCCCAAUGAGGGCAUCCCCUUCAUUGAUGACUACAUCUCCACCCAGGAGCAGGUGGUGGAUUACUUGACUCAGUACUCGGGGAUAAAGCCAGGAGACCUUGAUGCCAAGAUUUCCUCGAAGCACCUCACGACACUCAAGUCUACCUACUUAAAGCUUCGCUUUCUCAUAGACAUUGGAGUCAAAUUUGUGGGUCACGGUCUGCAGAAGGACUUUCGAGUCAUCAACCUCAUGGUGCCCAAGGACCAAGUCCUGGACACUGUGUAUCUGUUUCACAUGCCCCGAAAACGAAUGAUUUCAUUGCGAUUCCUUGCUUGGUACUUUCUCGACUUGAAGAUUCAAGGGGAGACCCAUGACAGUAUUGAGGAUGCCCGCACAGCCCUUCAGCUCUAUCGAAAGUAUCUGGAGCUGAGCAAAAAUGGCACCGAGCUCGAGUCCUUCCACAAAGUGCUCAAGGGCCUUUAUGAGAAGGGCCGGAAGAUGGACUGGAAGGUGCCUGAGCCCGAGGGUCAAACAAGUCCCAAGAGUAAGGCCUGGGAUGGGACACGGGAAACUGGACUAGAUGCCGCUGUCUUCUCCCCCGUGUUGGCACUCUGACCUCACUCUCUCCCGAUGAACUGCUUGCUUCCCCUUCAUUGUUCUUGCCUCCCAGUGGGGAGAUGACUUCCAGAAUUGGACCUGUUCAGGAUCUCUAGAUGGUGCUAUUAACAGAACUGGAAUGCGGAAUUGUUGCAGAGGGUCCAGGAGCCAGAUUCUCUCUCGCUCUUUUUUUUUUUUUCCAGAUUCUCUUUUUACUCUUUUACAAAAUACUUGGUCAGAAACAGAGUUGAGAAUUGACUCAGGUGGGAAGUAGUAUUCUUAAUAAAUAUCCUGGGUUCAGGAAAAAUAAAUAUCCUAUAUUCUGCAUAUUUCCUAUGUAGGCAAAGAAGCUCCUGGGACUAGAUCUGUUUCUAGUUGAUGAGAGACUAAAGUCUCAUUUAAUGACAAGGAUACAAAAAUAGGUCAAGAUUUAAUUCUGCUUGUGAAGGAGCCGGCAUGUGGAGUCUUGGUGGCCCUAACAAAACACUGUUAACAAUGUUACCAUUGCCAAAAGGGUCUCUGUAUCCUGUAUCCUGCCCAGUGGCUGACUUCACAACCACUGACAGCCAAGAAGCAUCUGUCUUCAGCCCGUCCACUUUGCUGUCCUGUUUUGUUUUCUUGUUUUGUGUUUUUUAUCUUGUUUUAAACUGCAUGUUUUAUAAAAUAAAAACAAAAAUAUUGUUGACGUCUCCAUCUCA